GAAGUCCGUUUGUGGAGGAGGAGCACAAGCCAGUCUGUCAAUUGUAAUAUUAAAAUUAGUUUCAGAAGCAUGUGUGUGAAUACUGUAUUGAAACCCUUUCCGUCUACGGGUUUAGUUAUUGUGUCAAAUGGCGUGUGUGAUAGGAGAGGGGUUUCAGAGGCGUCAUGCUGAGCCGAUCAUUGUCUCUCUCACACUUUCUAACUAGCUGUUUCACAACGCUGAGGCGAGGAACGAGCCAGCUAUAUCAGCAGUAGGCUACAUGCGGAUGAAAAGCAGCGGUGCCCCGAGGGCUCUUUCUUUCAACGUCGAUAGCUUUUUCUCCAAACCAGUUGCUGGAAUACAAACACAUGGAUGAUAAGAGUUGGAGUCAAAGGAUUUGUAAAAUUUGUAACUGUUUCUCGUUGUCGUGGACUAAAUGACCGAUUGGCAGAUGAACAGUUGAAAUGAGUCGACGAGACCAGACUAGCCCAUCUCGAUUGAGUAUUAUCAAGUGAUAUACUUUCAAGCCACUACCGUUUACCUGGAUCCAUCACGAAGGACAACAUGCGUGCAAGGGUGCAUUUUCCACCGAUUUUGACAACGGUCUGUGCAUGUGCUGUUGGAGUAAUCUGACUACUUAUGCGUAGGCUACUUUGGUGAGAUUUCUGGGGUCUUCAUUCGCCUUUGCCCGUUCUCCCGCAGCCUAAUUCUAGCCGAGUUUGGAGAGCUCCAUGCAUUCGCGAAGGGAUAGGAGAGAAGUGCGACCCCGAUCUGGAUGGAUGGUUAUGGGGAAAGGAGCAGGAUUCUCGGCGCUUCAAGUCGGCUGGAUCCUUGUUUUGUUUCUUUCCCUCUUUCCUUCGGUGAGUCUGCAGUGCAAGAUCCUCAGGUGUAACUCUGAGUUCUGGGCAUCCACAAGCUCUGGCCCAGAGGAGGAGUUCUGUACGGCGCUGCGAGCUUACAACAGCUGUGUACGGCGGACAGCACGUACCUGCAGGGGUGACCUGGCCUACCACUCAGCCCAGCAUGGCAUUGAAGACCUCAUGAGCCAGCACAACUGCUCCAAGGAGGGGCCUACCUCACAACCUCGGACCCGCACCCCGCACCCGCCACCCCCACUUCAGCCUGAGCCAGACAGCCAGGAGCGUUCAGAUGGGCCGGAGGUAUGCCACUACGAGCGGAGCCUUCCCAAACAUGCAGCUCCACCCAACUACACCCACUGUGGCUUCUUUGGAGACCCACAUCUUCGCACCUUCAGUGACGACUUCCAGACCUGCAAGGUAGAGGGGGCUUGGCCUCUCAUCCACAACAAGUACCUGUCUGUCCAGGUGACCAACACCCCUGUCGUGCCUGGUUCCUCUGCUACUGCCACCAGCAAGCUGACUAUCAUCUUCAAGAACUUCCAGGAAUGUGUGGAUCAGAAGAUGUAUCACGCAGAGACAGACGAGCUGCCUGCUGCAUUCGCCGAUGGCUCCAAGAACGGCGGUGAGCGCCACGGUGCCAACACCCUGCGCGUGGUGGAGAAAGUUCCGGGCCAGCACGUUGAGAUCCAGGCACGCUACAUCGGUACCACCAUCGUGGUCCGGCAGGUGGGCCGCUACCUGACUUUCGCUGUGCGGAUGCCGGAGGAAGUUGUGAACUCGGUGGAAGAUCGAGACAACCAGGACCUGUACCUCUGCCUCCACGGCUGCCCUGCCAACCAACGAAUCGAUUUCAGGAGUUUCCGAGCCCGCGCUGCUGAGACCCAUGGUCCAGGCAGGGUUAGGACUGGCAGCCCCCCCCAUGGCUUUACCUACCAGUCAGCCAUGACCAAGUGUAAAGAGCGCCUCCCGGUGGAGGAUCUGUAUUUCCAGUCCUGUGUGUUUGACCUGCUUUCCUCUGGUGACAUCAACUUCACCAUGGCGGCCUACUACGCCUUCGAGGACGUGAAAAUGCUCCACUCCAACAAGGACAAAUACCACCUUUAUGAGAGGGAUGCAUUUCUGGGCAACUCUGCACCAAGGAGGCCAUAUUGUUCCCUUCCAUUCACCCUACUCAACAUCCUGGCUGUCUUGUUGUGGAUUCAGUGUUGCUGCGUUGAUCCAUAGACCUCCACUAACUCCAUCUUCAUGUUUUACCUGUCAGUGAGUGGAUGUGAAACCAUGCUUUCACCGUGUUGUUCGUCAGCUCACUCUACCGCUCCAGCUGUCCUGAGUGACUGCUGGCUAGAGUAGUCCUACCAGCAGGGCCGACCACACCUCUCAUGUGCAUUCGAAUCCAUCUCAGCCAUCGUCUCAUUGUUUUUGUUGUUGUGCGUUGAAUUCCAGUGCAGGUUCUAGUGGUAGCGGCAGGAGCGAGCCCUCCUCGCUCCCAGCUACAGUACGAUAGCAUGGUAUUCAGUUGGUUUAAGGACUAGUUCUUUGAUGACAAGCAGUGGUGAGAGAACCCAACUCCCCAGACCUCUAGACAUUCAGCUGGGAUUAAAUCCCACAUUCCCACCGGGGGCUGCAUGCCUAUGGGAAGCGGGAUGAGAUGAUCUUCUGCAGAAAGAAGAGUUUGCUGAUCUCCUCCCUCUCAUUGGUGCCAAGCCAGAGGAGCUCUCUGUAGCUAAUGAGAGGGGGCUACAGGACAUGACAGGGGCUUUUGUUAACCUCUGGCUAGAAGUCGCUCCCUGUUUGUUUCGGCUUUUUCGGCACAGCACAGCACUCAGCCAAACGGAUGUCAGAGCAGAGAGUCUCGUUGUCUGCUUUGGAGAUUAAUAGGUCAUAUUGUCAGGUCUUUUGUAACAUUUUGUCUGUGUGUGUGUAUGUAUUUGCAUGUAUCUGUCAUUACAUACAGUGUGCGUGUGCGUGUGUGGUGUGCGUCUCAAAAGUGAAAGAAACUUUCUUUAGGAGACAUAAAUCCUACUGUCUUAAUAUUGCACCCAAGGUUCCCAUAUAGACCCGACAUGGUGGUCUUGGGUCAUUUAAAACUGCCUCUGUUGGCCAAGUAGUUACUUUUAAGUGAACAAGCGAUAGUAAAAAGAAAAAAGGAUUAAUUAUGUUGCAAAGAUCCUCAUUACACUCAUUACAUUACACUAUUGCUGUUGUGAUCAGACACCGUGUUUAUAGUGAUACGUGUCUUCUGCUAAAGGAUGUAAUUAAGAAUGUAAAUUAUAGCACCAUUAAGAAUAUAGCCCUGACCAAUCUGUGAUAGGGGGACAGAGAUGCAAAAACUCAGUAAUGUUUACAGAGUGGAGACUCAUCUCUUUGUUCAUUGAUGAACCAACCAACACUCUUAUACAAUGGCUGACAGAGGGGCAAAUUCUUUGAAGUGAAUGUUGUCGUUUAUUUCUUCAAUCUCGACCGUCAACACUUACCAGCAUAGGCGGAGGACGAUGCCUGCAUCUAGCUGAGAGAGGUAUGGUCACACUGGGCACUCAGUCAAGAACCAGAGUUGGGCUUGUUUGUGAAAAAGGGUGUUGACAUGGCUAUGCUGUAGGGAACGUAUGACUUGCAUCUGUCUGUAGACCUGUGAAUUUAUGGCGUAAAUCUUUGCCAAACAGCUAGCCCUUGUGCCAACUGUUUCCCAUAAGCUGAUUUUUUCUUCCAUCUCUUUUUCUUUCUCUCUCUUUCUUUAGUCAUUUACUGUUUGCUUGGUGUUAGAACUUUUCAAGAUACUAACAUAGUGGAAAGGCAUAUUCAAAUCACAGUAGGAUGCAGUCCUUGCUUUGUAACUUCCCACUUUGUCAUUGCUCAGACAACUCUGUGGUAUUGAUCCACCAUAACAUCGAUCUUACUAGUAAGUCAUUUUAUUAAUUACUUGGAAGACUACAUUUUCUCCACAGACAUCAAUAGUCACUUUGGAUGGAUUCAUUUUGCACUGUUCCAUUUCUGCAGAAAACAUACCCUGAGUUCUUGUCUUUUUCACAAUAUGAUACUUAUUCUGUACAAUACACAGUAUUUCUGAGACAAAGCUAAAGGGUAAUAAUUCCCAACACUGAAGUAUUUGGCAGGUCUAACUACUGCUAUGGGAACAUGGACAGGUGCAGAUUGUCAUUAGUCUGGGAAAAUAUCAACAAAGUGAUCAAAGAAACAAAACUGAUUGUAACAUUGAAUCUAUGUUGAUAGAUGUAAUAUGCAUUGUGAGUUUUACGUAUGGUUCUACAUGUGUAAUGUGAGAUUGUAUAUGUUUGUGAGCUGUUCUUCAGUUGGAAUAUUGUGUUUAUUUGUUGUGUAGAAUUUAUGACUAUAGUUUUGUAUUUGAGAAAGGGUUUGGUGAAUGUGAACUUUCUCAACAAACAAAAAAAGGAAUUUGUAAAGACAUGAACACCACAAUAUGUUACAAGUCGCAGGGAUCAUACCUCAGACCUUACGAAUGUCAGUACGAUCUCUGUGUAGCGUUGAUAACCUCCGGGUUAGGUUUACAACACUCCACUUGCUUGAGAUGAAACCAAACAUCUUGGAUUGCAUUCACGCUGAUAACUAAAAAGGGAAUAGAAGAAAGGAUUUUGUGGUGUUCAUGUGUUUGAUUUUGAAGCACUUUAUGUUUUCUUUUUACUCAGCUCUUACUAGGUUUGAACUUGAUUGUGAAUAAUAGAGGUUGUAAAAGUUGUAAUGUUAAAACUACGGAGGAAAAAAAAAACAUUUUCAGAAUGGUAGACGCCUGAGAGAUCAAACUGUGUUUGUAUGUAGGAAAAAAGUGGUGCAACCCACCAUCUGUUUAUAUUGUAAAUUAUUUAUUGAAUAAAAGAUAAUGUGUCUUGUUAA